AUGGCAAGUGGGGGGCACGCCCCUCACCCCGUCGUUCCGCCUGACCGCCCCCAGUCUUGGGCGCAAGUUGCGUCCUCUAACCCUCAUUCUUCAGACACUUCCCCUCUACAAAACCCCCUUCUUCUAGCCAAACUCAAGAGCUCUACCUCGCAAUUUGUUCGAAUUGAUGGUGAUGCCUUGGCCCGUGCCCAUCUGAAGUUUCAAAACUCCUUGUUCGGUAAGUUUUUUGGCAAGCCACCUCCUUUCGAUCAGGUAAAGGCCUUUCUCUCUGCUAAGUGGUCGCAAUUCGGUGAAGUUCUUAUCUCCGAUCUUCCCAAUGGUUUUUUGCUGCUCCGUUGUGACUCCCAUGAUACUUUGAAGCAUCUUCUUUGUGAUGGACCUUGGUCAAUUAAUGGUAUUAUUCUUCAACUUUCUCCUUGGGAGCCUUUCUUUGAACCUGCUUUUGCCAAGCUUUCCACUGCCGCUGUUUGGGUUCAGUUACACAAUCUCCCUGUUGAGUUCUGGGAUGGUAAUUCCCUGGAGAUGGUAACCGCCCAUCUGGGUAAUCUUUUAAAAAUUGAUGAGCUAACUGCUUCUUUGUCUAGAUCUAAGUUCGCUAGGGUUUGUCUGGAGAUUGAUCUUGCCAAACCCCUGAAUCGUGGUUUUUGGAUUGGUGACGAAUCACAUCGUGUCUUCGUCGUUGUUCUUUAUGAAAGGUUACCUACUUUUUGUUAUUCCUGCGGCGUCAUAGGUCAUGGUUCUAAGAAUUGUUCUCAUUCAACGACAACAGGGGAUCUUUGGUGUCCCUCCACCCCUAGCUUUCGGCGUGGGUCGUGA